UUGAGAUUCUUUUCAUUCAGCACGAUUAUUUCAAGAAGAUGACAUCUGCGAAGUUCGUUGUCUGUCUCACAUGUUUGUUCUUGGGGGAAAUAGCUCAGACAAACAACUUGGAAACCUCUUCUUCUGUUCCUCAAGAAAGACGUUUCAUAUCAGUUAAAACUGGGGACAGUGUGACUUUGCAUUGUUACAGUAAAGGUGAUGGAGCUCCACGGUUUUACUGGUAUAAGCAAACUUUGGGAGAGAAACCAACACUCAUUUCUACCUUCUAUGUAUAUGAAAACAAUCCCACAUUUUAUGAUACAUUUAAGAGUGAUCCACGCUUCACCCUGGAUACUGAAACAGGUCAAAACCACUUAAUAAUCUCAGAUGUGCGCAUUUCAGACACAGCAACUUACUACUGUAUAUGUUCCUAUUUGUACACAUCAACAUUUUCAGAGAGCAUUACUGUUGGUGUUAAAGAUUCAGAUUUGAACAUCAAGGCUGUGGUUCAACAGUCAGCUUCAGAGACCAUCCAGCCAGGAAGCUCCGUGACUCUGAACUGUACAUUAUACACUGGGACUUGUGAUGGAGAACACAGUAUUUACUGGUUCAAAGACUCUGAAGAAUCUCAUCCAGGACUCAUUUACACCCAUGGCGGCAGGAAUGAUCAGUGUGAGAGGAAAGACAACAAAAAAACACACACCUGUGUCUCUAACUUGACAAUCACCAGCCUGAAUUUGUCUCAUGGUGGGACGUACUACUGCGUUGUCGCCUCAUGUGGACACAUACUGUUUGGAGGAGGAACCACGCUGGUGUUUGGGGAUGAGGGAAAUUCUCUUGUCUUGGUGUACGUCUUGAGUGGAGCAUUGACUUUCACCUCCACCCUGGUUGUUUUACUGGCUUUUCUUCUCUACAAGAUGAGCAAAAGAAACCACUUCAAAUCAGGCCAUCAAGCAAGACUUUCUAUUCCUUCUGUACAGGGUAAUCAUGAUGCAGACAACCUCCACUACGCUGCUUUAAGCAUUAACCUGCCCGCCAAAUCAAAGAGACAAAGAAAAUACCAGAGUGAAUGUGUUUACUCCAGUGUCAAGCAGUAGGUUACAUUUUUUCGACUGUAGUGAAAUGUAAAAAAUAAAUAAAUAAAAAAUAAGCACAGACUGAUGAUGAGUAAUUUGAAGAUAAUUUCAUAUAUGUUGAACAUAAGAUCAUUGCAUUUGUUAGUGUUUAACAAUGACCUGUUACAAAAUACAUUGAAUUUUACAUGGAAAUAACCUUUCUUUAUGUUAUUUUUGUCUACUAGUUUCAUACUUUGCUGUUCUGAGCAAAUGUCACCACACGGUCAACAAAUACAGAAAUAAGUAUAUUUUGUUUGUUUUCUGAUCUCCCUGCCUCAUCAUUUCCACGUCUGUCUUUUUUUUUUUAUCAACAUUGCUGAA